AUGGCAGAGAAGCAUCAGCAAGUUUUUCCCUUGGCCCCAGCAAAUGGGCACUCGAGAAGUGAUACAGAGUCAGGAAGUUCAGACGCCAAGGAGCUAAAACGCAAGAAGAGGAUCAAAUUGGCAAUCUACAUAGCCAUUUUUGUAGUGUUUCAAUGCAUUGUUUUGGGAGUUUUUGGAGGUGUUAUAAUGAGAGCAAAAACUCCCAAGCUUAGGAUAAACAAUAUCGAUAUCGUAACUUUGAACAAAGCUAAUAAUGUUGGGUCAUCAUCACCACCUUCAUUUGACAUGAAAUUUAGUGCCCAAAUGAAAGUUAAGAACUCCAACUUCGGCCCUUACAAGUUCGACGACACAACCGUCUUCUUCACCUACGCCGGCACCGCCGUGGGACAGGUCACCAUUCCCAAGGGCAAGGCUGGUUUUAAGUCCAACAAAAAGAUCAACUUGGAUGUGGAUUUGAGCUCAGCCAAGUUGUCGAACACUGCUGAGCUCAGCAGGGACUUGGCCGCCGGGACUUUGACUCUUCAGGGUAAGGCGACGAUGACCGGGAAAAUUGAGCUCAUGUUCAUCAUGAAGAAGAAGAAGUCAACCAAUAUGGACUGCACCAUUGUUAUUGAUGUCAAUCAAAACAAGCUCCAAUCUUUGAAUUGCAAGUGA